AUGGCGACUGAGGUCAGGACGGUUCCCACUGUUCUCAUACAGAAGAUAUUUACUCAAACAUUUUCGUAUGUGAAAGUGCAGCUCUUUAACAGCCUUCUUCUACGGCGUGAGUGUUGUACUUUCAGCAAUGGCGAUUACGUCAAAGCUGGGCUGGCCGGGCAAAAGAAGAGUUAUUUCAUUCUUAGCAUUGACAAAAUGUUUAUUGGAGCCCAGUAUGCAGGGUUAGCUUGGGAUGAACUGAAACACAUCAGACAAGUUGUCGGCUUCUUAGUUAUACAUCAGAAGUACAAAAUAUCGUAUGAUGAGAUCACCAAUGAUUUGUGUCCUGUAACGUCCAACAGCUUUAUAGAAUAUGUACUUUGUAUUGGGAUUUGGGAUGAUAACUAUAAUACUCGAAGUGUGUCAGCUGAGGUCAUAUCGAGCAUGAGGGUGCUUAUGACUACCGAAACUAGAUCUUCUAUCAUUUCAAUAAUUAUCCAUCCAAUCCUUUGUCCCCCACGAAUUAUUUUGUGUUGCCCUUUAGGAUUUCCUAUUCUCGGAGUUGAGUGGCAGAAGAUGGAAAAUCCGGACUUGCGGUUAUCCAUGGGGAUGAAGCCUGACCAGAAAGGUGUGCGACUCGGAGCUGAGGGACAC